AUGGCAGCCCUACAGAACUCGUCAAAGAACCACAACUACGAGUCACUCGACCAAGAGGAAAACGAAUUUCUCGCGCAAUCAAAAUCUUCACAAUACAAAGGAAAGGACAAACUAAGACAACAGUUUUUAUAUUGCAUUUGCGCAAUAAUUGUCUCCGCGGGAUUUUUAACUAGUGCGGGGAUUGGAUUUCUUGCUGGAAAAGUAUAUUCAAUGCAGAAAGAGCUAUCCCAUCCAUAUAACAACGGCUAUCCACGCCCGAUCCUUGACCUUGAACCUGUUGCCAUUACGUUCAAAUCGAACAGAACAUACCUGGAGAGACCUUCGCCUGAAAAUGAUAAGCUGUGGGAGGGACUAUACCCCAAAGAUCACCAUGGUCUAUUCGAGUGGCCAGAAGACAAGCCCGAGAGAUCUGGCUUCGCAGGAUUCCACCAACUACAUUGCGUCGAUGCACUCAGAAAGAGGUUCUAUCAAGAAGAAGAUUUGAAGAAGGCUUUGAUAGCGGGUGAGGAUCUGGAUAAUAUGCCGCAACACAUCGAUGAAACUCACGUCUUGCAUUGCGUUGAAUUUUUACGCCAGAGUGUUAUGUGCCACGCCGAUACUUCUCUACAGGUAGAGGCAUCUUAUCAUCAAGGUAUAUUGGCCUUCGGCACUACUUAUCCAUGUAGAAACUGGUGGCAAAUGGUUGACUGGGUAAAUGAACGCAAUGCAAAGGAGUAG